AUGAGCUACCUCAAUCUCUCCCAAUUCCCUGCCCUGCGCUUCCUUACAUUCGAGGUUGUCUUCAAUACCCUCGACAAUACCCACAUCAUCCACAUCUGGACCAGCAUCCUCGCCGUCAUCAGGUCUAUUCCCAAGACCGCUUUUCUGGAGCACAUUACGCUUUCCAGUCCCGUCCCGCACACUAUCUUGUGCUCCGUGUGGUCACGCUCAACUCUCGUCCAAGCCCUCGAAAGACUGCUGUACAGCGUCGACAGGUGCUUUGUCAGGCUCAUUGACCGUGCCCAGCUGCGUGCAGUCACGCUCGUGCCACCCUCUGGCGAGGAGUUCAUUGAGGAUAACUGGGUGCACAUCAGAAGCUUCUUCCCUGCACUCUGGGACUAUGUUUCCCUUGUUACCAAACGCAUUGACAUCUGUUAUAUCUCGCACGCAUAG